AUGGACCAAGCAGCCUACGAGAAUUACCUGACGCAAGUAAACCUGGGCAAGGUCCGUGACAUCGCCGACCAAUACUACGACGAUUCUCUCGAGAUUUCCUCCGGGGGUGUCACCUACAAUAAGACGCAGGUUCUUCGUCUACUGGACGUCACCGCCGAACAGCUCGUGGAAACCUUUGAGUUGGUGAAUUUCUACCAAGCCGAGGAUGGCAUCGCCGCCGAGGUCAAGACCACCUUUGUGGCUAAGAAUGACGUAACCAAGGAGCCGUUUGAGAAAUCUGGCUUUCCGGAGGCCUAUAUUGAGCUUAAGAAAGGGGAGAGCUUUGUCGCUCACAGUUUGUACACUUAUAAAAUCAAGUGUGGGAAGUUUGUAUUUAGUCGGGGAUUCGCAGCGUGA